CCUUUACCCUUUAUCAACACCCCAUUCCUCUUCGUUUUCUUUUCACCGACUUUAAUUUCUUCUUUUUCUGCUCUUUUGUUUUGUUUCUCUCUUUCUUUCAUGGUCUUGUUUCAGUAGUCAUGGCUGUAGACCUCAUGAUGGCUUUUAGGAACGAUGGUUUUGUUACUAAAUUGGAAGAGAACGCAGUCCAAGAGGCUGCUUCAGGUCUCGAGAGUGUCAACAAGCUCAUCAGAUUGCUCUCGCAGCAAAAUCAAGAAAAGCUUCAAUCUUCAUCAUCACCUUCUUCGACCUCAAGAUCUUCAAUGGAUAUAGACAUGGAUUGCAAGGCAGCUGCAGAUGUUGCCGUUUCUAAAUUCAAGAAAGUUAUUUCUCUUCUGGGUCGAACCAGGACCGGCCAUGCUCGCUUUAGAAGAGCUCCUGUGGCUACUCCUCUGAGCCACAGCCAAAUUAGCCAAGAAAAUCAAGUUCUUGACAGUAAGGUUUAUUAUGCUACGCCGAUCCAGCAGAUUCCUCCUCCUCCUCCGGUUCCUAAUCAUUAUUACCAUGAUUUUUCUUCUAUGGCGGUGAUGCCAAAGAAUAAUGGGGUGAUUAGUGAUAAGAAAGAAUCGUCUACCACCAUCAAUUUUUCUUAUCCCUCAGCUGGGAACUCCUUUGCGUCUUCCUUGACGGGUGAUGCGACAGAUAGUAAACAGCUAUCGUCUUCAUCAGCGUUUCAGAUUCAGAUUACCAAUAUGUCUCAGGUUUCAUCAGCUGGAAAGCCUCCCCUUUCUUCAUCUUCCUUGAAGAGGAAGUGUAGCUCUGAAAAUCUGGGUUCUGGCAAGUGCAGUGGAUCGUCUGGUCGGUGCCAUUGCUCUAAGAAGAGCAGAAAGUUGAGACUGAGGAGAGUGGUGAGGGUUCCAGCAAUUAGCCUGAAGAUGGCUGAUAUUCCACCAGAUGAUUACUCCUGGAGAAAAUAUGGACAAAAACCCAUUAAAGGGUCUCCACAUCCUAGAGGCUACUACAAGUGCAGUAGCGUCAGAGGUUGCCCAGCACGUAAGCAUGUGGAGAGAGCUUUAGACGAUCCAUCAAUGCUCGUUGUCACCUACGAAGGAGAGCACAGUCACACUCUCUCCAUUGCAGAGACAACCAAUCUCAUCUUAGAAUCCUCAUAGAUUUAAUCACCGUCAUCAUCAUCCCAUCAUCAACAAGAACAAAACUGUAACAAAAAACAGUUCUAAACUAGUGGGAUUUAGUUUUAUUUCAACGUCAAGUGUAGGAAGGGCAAAUAGUUAGUAACAGUAGCUAAGAGCUAUGGAUAAUGGAAUUGAGAGAAAUUCUCAAAAGCUUUAAUCUCAAAAGGAGAUUAAUGGGGUUUGGUUCAUUUCAUUUCUCUCUGUAAAAUAUUUCAAAUUCCUCAUCUUCUUUAUUUAUUUAUUUAUUUAUUGUUUUGCUGCA